AUGACUCUCGCUGCUUGCUCCUUCCUGCUUCCCUCCAUCCUGCUCUUUACAGAUAUCACUCAGGUUACUUUCUGUCUUUUCCAGGUGUCCAUGGGGAUCUGCUGCCAUCUGGUGAGUCUUGGAAAAUUCUGGAAGAGCCAGGGGAAGGAUGCUUUGGAGCGUCCAAGAGUGCAGGGCAGCAAACCAAAGAGAUCUGGGGAAAGAGAGUGUGGCCGACCCCAACCUGUUCGUAUUGUCGGGGGGCAGGAGGCUGAGGAGGGGCAGUGGCCUUGGCAGGUCAGCCUGCAUUUUUGGACUGGGAAGUGGACUCACAUAUGUGGCGGUUCCCUCAUCAACCAUGAAUGGGUGCUGACCGCCGCUCACUGCGUUAAAAAUCCUGCAGACCCUUGGUCCUUGAAGAUUCAUCUGGGGGAAAGGCAUUUAUCAAUAUUCACCCAGGCCCUGGUGAAACAGAUCAUCAUCCAUCCCCAGUACGAGGAGACUAAAGUGGACUCCAGCGCAGAUAUCGCCCUGCUGCAGCUGACAACCCCAGUGCCCUACUCCCACACCAUCCUCCCCAUCUGCCUCCUGAAUCAAGACGUCCAGCUGCCCUCGGGAGCCCGGUGCUGGGUAACCGGCUGGGGUGCUACGGUAUCUGGAGGCCCCAUAUCUGAUAUCCUGCAGGAAGUUGAGGUCCCCCUGAUCGACAGGGAGACCUGCGAUGCCUUCUACCACCUGGGCACAGACAUCCCGAUCAGCCAGAAAAGGAUCCAGGAAGACAUGAUCUGUGCUGGUUUUCCCCAUGGGCAGAAAGAUUCCUGCCAGGGAGACUCAGGUGGGCCUCUCGUCUGUAACUCCAACGGCAUCUGGAUGCAGGCAGGCGUGGUGAGCUGGGGAGAAGGCUGUGCCAAGCCCAACCGGCCUGGAGUCUAUGCCAACGCCCCAUACUACGCCAAGUGGAUCGCAUCCAAAGUCCCGGGACUGGCCUUUGGAAAUUUCACCAUUUCAGGAACCUCCUCACUCCUGUGUCCCUCCUGGAUCACCCUCCUGGCCCUACUGCUGAUACUGGGCCUUUUCAGUACCCUGUGA